AAAGAUAAUCCCACAUUCGAGCUUUUGCCAAUCAAAAGACCCAAGGAUCGCCAUGUACGGCACCGUGAGCUCCAGCACGAGCGCCAGCAGCUCACGCGACCUCCCACCUCCGCCUACACCGUCGCCGUUCCGUUACCACGUGCGCGAGGGCGACACGCUGGCCAGUAUUGCACUUAAGACGCAGACGACGGAGGCGGCGCUGCUGGCGCUUAAUCCGCUGCUGGGCCGCAAGAAGCGGCACGUCAAGCUGUAUCCAGGCCAGCAGCUUGUCGUGGAGGAAGCACACGCCGUAUCUUUGCCACCACCACCCGAAUGCAUCGACAAUGGCUGGGGCCAAAUGCAUCUCGUGCGCUCGGGCGAGACGCUGCGUGGCAUUGCGGCGCUCUACAAUACGACGGAGGAGAUUCUGCGGCAAGACAACCGCCGCUACUUCCCCAUGGGCGAGCGCAGCUUACUAUGUCCCGGUCAACUGUUACAUGUGCGUCUAAUGAACACAGGCGAGAUGGAGAAGGACGAUCCCGUGGCCAACAGCGACGCAGAUGCCAAAGCCUCAGCUUUAAACGCCAUGAGCGAACAGGAGGCCACGUACGCGAGCACGUCGGCUGCUUUCGCGCGAUACAAGACGCACCUGGUCACUCCCACGGACACCUUCGAGUCCAUUUGCAAGACGUACAACAUCCCAUACUCGCAUUUCUUGCAGAUUAACCGCGGCCGAUACCCCGUCGGCCAACGUGCGGAGCUCGUAGCAGGUGAACGAGUUAUUGUGCCGGACCUCUUGGCAGCGCAGCAAGCGGCCAGUCGACGCAAUAUCGCCGAAGUGAAACUCACCAAGCAGAUCCACGUCGUGGAGCCUGGUGACACCCCCGAAGAUCUGGCCAAACGCUACGGCAUGACGUACGAUGAAAUGCGCGAGUACAACCGCGCCUACUUCCCGAAGGGAUAUCGCGGUGAGAUCCGCCCUGGUUACAAGCUGGUGGUCAAGCGGCCAGACAGCGCCGACUCGCCACAGCAACUGCGCCACAGCGACUAUAGGGAUAUCGAUGCUGCCAGCAGCGCAUGAUCCUCCAUCCACUAGGCCGUGUGUGGUAGUUUUUGUACAUGUAGAGAAGGGAGUCUUGCUUUACCUCAAUAGUUUUCAGAGGACGGAGCUUCGUGAGCUUCCUGUCAGUUCUUGACUUCUUUUGUACGUGCUGCUUUACUAGUCUUUGUUUUCCUACAUGC